AAUUGGCAAUGCUAACAUGCAUGUCUCCCAUUACAAUACAACACUCAGUUUUCACACACAUCACACACACUCACUCUCUUUGUAUAAUCAAUCAGAAUGAAUAACUCCAACAGCGCAAGCUACAAUGCUGGACAGGCCAAGGGCCAAGCUCAGGAAAAGGGUAGCCAGCUGAUGGACCAGGCUAGCAAUGCUGCACAAUCUGCAAAGGAAUCAAUUCAAGAUGCUGGACAGCAGAUGCAGGCUAAGGCACAAGGUGCUGUUGAUGCUGUUAAGGAUGCUGUCAAUUCAAACAAAUGAGACCCUAACCUUCCAUCUUUUCCUUUUUCUUUUUAUUUUAUUUUUGAGUUUUCGUUUGAAGUUGGGGUUCAUGAACGACUUCAUUUUUUGGUACAUUUCUGUGUAUGUUUCCCCUUCCUGUUUAGGGAGGCAUGACUCUUUUUGAUCUAAUAAAAUAUUAGCCUCAUCACAAUA